UUUCGUUUCGGGAUUAGGUGCGGUCAAGUGUAACGAUUCAGCAGUUACGGAAAUUAAAAGGUUCAUCAAUUUAAAUCGGAAAUUUAGUCUAUUGAAGACAGGUCUGACAAAUAUAUUGGCUUAACUGGGAUUCCAAAGAAGAUUUACAGCUCCUGCUUGCUUCAUGGAGAACCUGUGUAUUAGAUGAUGCCGGACCAGUGACUUUGUUGUUGAACUCUCCUGAGAUCUCAAGUUAUAAAAAGGAAAUCUUCCUGCCAUCCACUAAAGAGAAAAUGUAAAGAUAAGAAAGCAUAGGUUCCGGAAAUGACAAGUUAUUGUGUUUUAUAAAUACUCCAUGCUGCUUCUGUGUAUGAAAUUUUAUAAUUUAAGCUAGAAAAGUUUGGAUACUGCGUUCACAAGGACAUUGCAUCAAACUUUUACUUUUGUUUCAGUUUUGGGUAUAGGGGGGGAAAAAUCAGAAAUUUAUUCAUGAUAUUUUCAUGAAUCGAUGUUUCGCUUGUAAUAUAAAAACCGAUUAUUUAAAGAAAACUGCCGAUUUUAUCUUGCGUAAUAUUUCAUGUAAGAGCUAUAAUAACGUUUCUAGUGCUGAUAUGGCUGUUACUCGUGAUGAUUAUGACGACGUUUUUCAUAAAACGUCUGAGGAAGUACCUAAAAAUUUACAGAUCAGAAGUGAAAAGAGCAAUUCUUUUGAUCGAGAAACUGUUAUCAUGAGUUCUUCAAGUUCUCAUACGUUUGAUAAUAGUCCAAAUAAAUCUCUUACUCGUAAUGAAUAUGACAACCUUUUUUGUGAAGACGAUUUUCAUAGAAAAUCUGAGGAAGUACCUGAAAGUUUACAAAUCAAAAGAAAAAGGAGCAAUUCUUUUGAUCGAGAAACUGUUAUCGUUAGUUCUACAAGUUCUCGUAAGUCUGAUAAUAGUCCAAAUAAAACAAAUUCAGGUAAAUUAAACUCAGUUGAAGUUGAGCAGUCUUGCAGUAAAACCUGGCAAACAUUGGACACUCCAAACCCUGCAUUCAGCUCUAAGAAACAAAAGAAACUUUCCUCAUCUGUGGAAAAGGCCAUUCCUCUGUCUCCUUGUCAUCAUAUUCUUAUCUCUGGAAAUUCUCGCCACAGUCUGGAGAUUCAGCAUAAUUCAGCAUCACAGACUUAAUUCAGGUAGCAGUUACACUCAAAAUUUAGAGAUUCAAUAUAACCGUGAAAAUAAUAGUGCACCUCAAAUUUUCAUUACUGAGAAAUGUGUUUCUUAUUCUUUAGAAUCUGACCAACCAGCAGUUACCGCAAAUAAAGUAUCAUUUACAUUGCCAGAAGAUCCUCGUUUCAAUAAUCAAAACCUUAAACAGAAAACCGAUGUUUGUCUAAAACGUGUAAAAUGGGAGUCUGACCAGUCGUUAGAAUCAUUAGAAGAAGAUCCUUCUCAAACCUUAAACAAGAAAGUGAUGAUGAAAAGUGAUGAAUCUUAAACAAGAAAGUGAUUUAAACAGGAAAGUAUGUCUAAAGCUUGUACAACCUGGUGUUUGACUGCCGUGAUAAUAGAACAAACAAUAGUAAUGUUUAUUUACUGUAUUCAAAAAGCAAGUUGGCCAGCUUUAGGAAAAUGCCAGCUCACUACUAGAUUCCCAUUUUACACGUGGUGCUGCAGCCAAGCAUUUUCCAGAGACCAAUAUUAUUGCAAGUUACUUUCAACGUGAAAUUAAUUCUCCCUUCCCUGCACCAAAACUGAAAACUGAAAGUUCAAGGUAUUACACCUACUAAAUAUGUGCAGGUUUUUUAGGUUAGGAAAAGUAAACAGAUAUAUGAAUCAAAAUGAAAUAAUCAAAUCGAAAGAAAAAUUACUGAUAUUUUAUAUGAACAAAAUAAAGAUUUAAUUGAACAAAAGUUGAAAAGGAAAGCUGUACUGAAUUUAAUCAUUUGGAAGGGAAAAUAACAUCCGACAGAAAAUUGCAAUGCGACUCUUUCUUUGUCUCCAAAAGAAGGUGAUGGAAAAUUAUUUCCAAUUUUUAAUUACUGGUUUACAGAAGGAGCUUUCCGAAGGUUAUAAAAUAAUGCAAUCUACUGAUGAAUCUUUUGAUGGAAGAAGCAAGCUCUGUAAUUCAUUAAAAUAAUCUAAACGUAUAAGGUAAUGUAUAAUUGUUUUUAGAGUAGAAAUUCAUUGCUUGCUAGUUGAUGUGUUGUUAGUAGUGAGUGUAGAGUAUGAUGUUCUUUCUGUAAAUUUGUUGAGAUUUUUUAAAAUUUCUAUGCUAGCUAAUGUAAUCAACAUUUAUUUUGAACAAAGUAUUUGGUUCUCGAAUCAUAAUCAGUUUAAUUUUUUAAUGUCAAUAUGUAAUAUUUUUUUGAGAUUUUAAUACGAUGUGUGAAUUUUCUGUUUUUAUGGUCAAAAUUCAAAGAUUUAUAGCAUUAAUUCCUCACUUCUCUUAUAGUAAUGUUUAGAAACUACAUACAGUUUAGCAUUUGAAUAUUAUCUUAAAAUCAACAAUUUAUUUUUUGCUUUCUUAGAAUAAUGUAACUGUUGUCAAAAUAAAUUUUCUUUGCACAUAUUGUUUACUUGAGUACUAUCUGGUAAUAAAGCAUUUAAUUUUUUUCCCUUUUUUUUUUUUUUUUUUUUUUUUUUUUUUUUUUUGGUUGCUGUUGUUGUUAAAGCCCAGUAAUAUUACAGUUGUCUCUCAAAACAGUAGCACCAGUUGUAGAUAAUUGUUGCAAAAAAAAAAGGUGAUAUGUAAGUGGUCAAAUAACUCGCAUUUUCUUCACACACACACCAUGAUAUAAUAUGCAAGUAUUUGUGUCUGAAAUGUAUGUAAUGUGCCUAAUUUACUUUUUAAUGAGGAAAGACUAAAAAUGUGUAAGAAAAAGUUCAAUGUAUUCCUAAAACAGUUUUAUUAUUUAGAAAAUUAGUGGUAGUGAAUAAACCUGCAUUAUAUUUGUGAAAGUCAUGAGCGUGUGUUUAAAAUAUUACAUUCAUAAUUUGUGUAGCUGUUAUCAAACAUUAAAAUUUCCUGUUAUGUGCUUUAGCAAAAUUAAAAAAAAAUUAUGAAUCAUCAUAAUUUGGGUUUAAAGGAUGAAAAUUGUAUAAUUAUUUACUGUGUAUUUUUUAUGUUAGUCAAUUUUAGGUUACAUGUUAUAUGCAAUUGCAGUGCUAUUGGUUUGUUUCCUUACUUUUGUGCUUCAUCUAAAUUUUAUGUUCUUGAAUACAAGUAGAAUAAAGAUGAAAGUUUGUCUUUGAUGAGAAAUUUACUUUGACGUUCUUAUGCUACAUUUUGAUUAUAUUUUUCUCUGAAAUAUAUAACAUUAUUUGCAUGUAUCAGCAUAUAAAACAAUUCUUUUGAGUUUUAACACUAUAGCUCAUUGGCGAAUAAUUAAG